AUGCCUCAGGUCGUGCUCGUUACCGGGUGCUCAACGGGAGGAAUUGGGUAUGCCCUCUGCGAGGAAUUCGCGCGGCAGGGGUGUAAGGUCUAUGCUACCUCGCGGAGGAUAGAGACGAUAGAGGUCUUCGGGAACGAGAGCAUCGAAAGGCUCGCUCUGGACGUCACGAGCGACGAGGAUGUGAAGAAGGGCCUUGACUAUAUCGUUGAGAAAGAAGGAAAGAUCGACGUGGUGGUCAAUAAUGCUGGCAUCAUCGGUGCAGGUCCUUUGGCCGAACAGCCUUUGGAUUUCGUCAAACAGGUCUUUGACACCAACGCCUUCUCCAUUCUGCGUGUGUGCAAGGCCGUUGUGCCUAUCAUGGCCAGCAGGCACUACGGGACCAUCGUCAACAUAGGUUCCGUCGUAGGCGAAGUCUCGACCCCCUGGAACGGCCUGUACUGCGCCUCCAAAGCCGCAGUGCACUCCAUCAGCGAGGUGCUCUCCAUGGAGCUCAAACCUCUCGGCAUAUUCGUGCUGCACGUCGCCCCCGGCGCCGUCCAGUCGAAUAUCGCAGCGAACGGGACGAGCAGGUUCGCCCUCGCCCCGGGGAGCCUGUACACCGACUUCCUAGCGAUGAUCCACAAGCGCAUCAAUGCGAGCCAGGAGAGGAACAGCAUGCCGAGCGACGUGUUUGCACGCAAGGUCGUGGCGAACGCGUUGAGGAAGGGCGGCCCGCCGCAGUACAUGACGCUGGGGGGCAUGGCGUUCUUGUUUUCGAUCUUGAAGUGGCUCCCGCGGAGCUGGGCGCUGGCGAUCGUGUGGAAGCAGUACUCGCAGAGGAGCACCAAAUGA